GUUGAAAACCGAAAGAAGACAUUUUGAGUGUUAAUAAUUGUGAUAGACUGGUUUGCUCUCUAAUUGAACUGAUAUGCCGGAGCCCAUGUAUUUAAUCGACAGGCCCGUGUAAAACUUUUGAGAAGACGAACUAAAUAGGAAGAAGAAGAAAGAAUAGGAUGAGAGAAGAAGAUAUGGCGCUGUGUUCCGACCGAGCUGAUUGAGCCUACGAGGGUUUGGCAGUCGUUUGAUGCUCAAUAACCACUACUCAUUUGGUGGAAGAUCGAGACCUUCAAUUUCAGGACAAAAACUUGUCAUAUUUUCAUGGCUUGCUAUCAUAUUCCCUGCCGAAAAAUUCACGGCUUUUGGGGGAUGCUUUAUUUUUGUGGGGAGAAUCUUUCAGUAAAUAAUAGAGUAUGUCCCAAGUCGAUGACUCCCAGAUACUCAAGUAUGACAUACUCUUCAUCCUACCCAUUGAAAAAGGAUUUCCGCAGAGGAUGUUGUAGUUUGAAUUCUGGAUUGUGUAAGGUUGUCCGCCAUAUUUCUUCUAGUGGUAUCAGCACAUCUUCUCAAAAUGCACAAACAGUUAGCCAAAGCACACUUUUUGAUUCCGCCAUACAUGAAGAGGGAUCAGCCACCAGCAGUCCGUCAAAUGGCAGAGUAAUGCUUAUUGAUGGCACUUCAAUCAUAUAUAGAGCAUAUUACAAGCUUCUUGCAAAAUUGCACCAUGGUCAUCUUUCACAUGCUGAUGGCAAUGGAGAUUGGGUCCUAACCAUUUUUAGUGCAUUAUCUCUGAUAAUUGAUGUCUUGGAAUUCAUCCCGUCACAUGUAGCGGUGGUUUUUGACCAUGAUGGGGUCCCGUAUGGUCAUGCUUCUCUUUCGUCCAAACAAAGUUUUGUUGCAAAAGGCUUGAAUUUUAGGCACACCUUAUACCCCUCCUACAAAAGUAAUCGGCCUCCGACCCCAGAUACCAUUGUCCAGGGGCUUCAGUACUUGAAAGCAUCCAUCAAGGCAAUGUCCAUCAAAGUGAUUGAGGUCCCUGGUGUUGAAGCGGAUGAUGUUAUUGGGACCCUGGCUGUUAGAAGUGUCAAUGCGGGGUACAAGGUACGAGUUGUCUCCCCAGACAAAGAUUUUUUUCAGAUUCUAUCCCCUUCACUACGUCUGUUGCGGAUUGCUCCUCGUGGCGUUGAGAUGUCUUCUUUUGGGAUGGAAGAUUUUGCUAAGAAAUAUGGAACCUUGAAUCCAUCUCAAUUUGUUGAUGUAAUCUCACUUGUUGGUGACAAAUCCGAUAACAUACCAGGAGUUGAAGGAAUUGGAAAUGUCCAUGCUGUUCAACUGAUUACAAAGUUCGGCACGUUGGAAAACUUAUUGCAGUGUGUUGAGCAAGUAGAUGAGGAGCGAAUAAAAAAGGCUUUGAUUUCAAACGCUGAGCAGGCUAUUCUAAGCAAGAAUCUUGCUAUGUUACGUUCCGAUCUUCCAUUCUACAUGGUUCCUUUUACCACCAAAGAUCUGGCUUUUACUAAACCAGAGGACAAUGGGGAGAAAUUCACGAGUCUCCUGACCGCCAUUAGUGCUUAUGCGGAAGGUUUUUCUGCUGAUUCUAUAAUUAGAAGGGCCUUUUAUUUGUGGAAGAAGCUUGGAAGCCAAUGACUCCAAUAACUAUCUUCAUUGACCUUCAGCCUUCUAAAAGCUAUCCACCAGAUGAAAAGCUCCAUCGAAUACAUAGAUUCCCUUCUGACAGCAGAAGAUACAGAGUUACACAGCCAAUGCUUUACCUCCGAUGAUGUGAGUUCUGACAGAACUUGGACCAGAAUCCACAGCCAAUUCAACUGCGGUGCUCAUGCAAACUGAUCUUUCCAACCAUUAUUAUCAUCGGAGGAUGCUCUGUUGUAGAAGAAUCUUGAAAGCCAACAAUUCAGGUAUUCGUCAGCUCAUUUGAAAGGUGGUCUUGUCCAGAUAAAGAGCGCAAGAAUUACUGCUUUUGUGUUCAUAUCUUUCUUCUCCUGUGUUAAAUCUCACCUAGUACGUUACUACCGUUGGUGAGCUGCUGUGUAGUUUUUUGAUACCAAAUGUUUCUUCAGUGUAUAUCCCUUGCCCUGGUUUUGGCGCCUCAAGAAUAUAAACGAUAGGAUAUCUGAUGCAUAUGUUAAAAAA